AUGGACACGCUCAUCCAGCUCCAGACAAUCUUCAAUGAAAUACAAACAUGCGACUCCAGGCGCUUUUCAGAAAAUAUGAGCACAGUCCUUGCUAUUAUUCCAAGGGAUAGCUCAUUCCUCAGAAUUAUAGAUUCCAUUUUAGUAUUCCCAAAAAGUUCACUCCCUCCAAAAGUCACGUAUUUUGUAAGGCGAGUCUUCGAAGAGCUCAAUGAAACAAACAAGAGCAUUUUCAACAUAAUUCUUAUGUAUUUACUUGGUAAAACAUACUGCAAAAGUACAAAGAUUAGGAAAAACUCUCUAAGACUCAUUAAUGCCAUGCUUGCUAUUGAAGGUGAUUGCUGUGAUGACGAUUUAUUGGCCAAAAUUGCCGAAAAAUUGUUUGACAAAGAGCCUAGUGUUAGGAAAGAAGCAUUGAAAAUAUGCAUUAUCUUCCAAAAUCGACAUCUUAGUGACUCUUUGACCAUCCAGACCACAAUUAAGGACAUUAUUCGGCAUGAUCCGUCACACGACAUUAGAAGAGUCGGAUUUCUUGGGCUUGAGCUUAACGAGUCAACUCUCAACUGCAUUUUGGAGAGAUGUGUUGAUUCUAACAUGCCAAUUAGAAAGGCCUUUUGGAUGCAAUAUUUUCCAAGAAUCGAGCUGGAAAAACUAACGUGUGCUCAAAGGAUAUAUCUAAUGAAGAAAGGUGUUAAUGAGAGAGAGUUUAAUGCCAAGGAGAUAUUUUUGCAGAAAAUUAGAAAUUACGAACUAGACCAGUUUAUUGAAUAUUUCUACUGUGAGGAGCAUGAAUAUGAGUUAUGUGUUGAAGAAUAUCUAAAGAACAGUACAGAGGAAUAUGAAAUGAUCAAGUACACACCUAGCUAUCUUCACUUUCUAACCUGUUAUUACAAAAUUGCUGAAGAAAGAAAUGGUAGGGAUGCACUCAAGUUGUUGCCUCUGGAUGAAUUUUUGCAGAUUUUCUAUGUAAAGUGUGUAGAGCUUGAAAAAAUAGCUGAAAGUGUCGAAGACUCAACCAAGCAGUUCAAAAUUUUAAAAUACUUUCUCAAAAUACUAGGCUUCUAUGAUCUAUUUACAGAUGAUUCCAAGAAGUAUGUGCUUUCUAUUGUCAAUCACAUAAUAUUAGCGUGUAACUUCAUUCCUGUUGUUGAAGAAUGUAUCGUUUUACUGGCGAAGACAUGCUCUGACAACCUUGUAAAGAUUGCUGGUGGUCUGAUUAAAAAGACAAGAGGUAGGCCCAUUUGUUUUUCUAUUUGUGAAUUUGUCAUGAAGUAUCUGCCCUUUGGUGAGAUACAUGAAGCCAUUCUUAAUGAAAUUGCUAUUUUAGACAUUGAGCAAAGCACUAGUUUGUUUUUCUGGUAUUUUGUAAAAAAUCCAAACCCUAAUAUUGAAAGCCAGUAUCUUACUCUGCUUCCCAACAAGAAAGUUGUGGAAGGAUGUGCAGAUCUCGCACUAAUGGGCAUCCUCGAUACAAGUAGAAUUGAAGACUGUCUUUUAACCCAGCUUUCACGAUUCAAUCAAAACUGUGUUGUUCCUGUCAGCAAGCUUUUAUUGGGAAAAAAGCUAUGCUCCAGCGAGUUUGUAAAGUAUCUUUUGCUGAUUUAUUAUUCAACAGAAGCUGAUUACAUCCAGCAGUAUCUUUCUCUGUUUUUCUUUGAAUACUUCCGAAUCAACCCGCAGUCGCUCAUCAGUGUUUUCUGUGAGGUGCUUGAGUUAAUUUCUUCAAAUCACAAGGUCUUUGUUGACCAAUCGCUUUUCUGGAUUUCUAACACAGAAAAUGCUAUGGAGUAUCAGUCAUUGUAUUUAAGUAUUUGUAUAUUCAUUUACAAUAGUUAUGAUGCUCUUAUCAGUAAGAAACACUGCUUUUCGGUGCUUUCGGCAGUACCAGUUGAGUCCUCUUGGGAUCCUAUGGUAACCAAGAAAAUCAUCACUGUUCUUGGAUUGAUAAUCAGGAAAAGACCAAGAGAGAAUGUCAAUGCUCUUUUGAACCAGGUUAUGGAAAUAGAUGAUGGCACACCGCUCCCGCCUGAAGAGUUUGAAAAUCUCAAGAAGGUCGUUAAAAUACAAUAA